AUGAAAAUUUUUAUAAAAAUAAUUUUAAUCUUCUCAUCAAUAAAUUCAUCAUUUUCUGUUUUAUAUGAACUAGAAAAUUCAUUAAUUGGCCAACCAAAUAUUAGUUGCCAUCCAGACACUAUAGAAAUGAGAUUUAGAACGAAGCGUCCUUUUACUGGGAAAAUUUAUGUUCAGGGUCAUUAUAGCAACCCAGAUUGUAGAGUAGACUUUGGACAGGCUGGAGGUGCUGAACACGAUGGACGUGGGGGCAUUCGUUUGCAUCAUGGAUCGUGUGAUAUGGACAGACAGAGAAUGGUGCAACCGGAAGGAAUGCAAUUCUCUACAGUUUUAGUUAUUUCUUUCCAUUCUCUUUUCGUUACAAAAACGGAUAGAGCAUUUCAUAUAAAUUGUAUGUAUAGAGAAGAUAGUCAAACAUUAGAUUCUGAAAUGACUGUAGGGGAUGUAACACCAGCAAAUAUAUUACAUAAUGAAUUACCCUUACCUCAAUGUCAAUAUACAAUCAGAAAGGAUAAUAUAAAUGGAGAACUGUUAAAAUUUUCGCGUGUUGGUGAUUUAAUUAUGCAUCGAUGGGAUUGUAGAUCUGAAGAUGAAAAAUACAAAAAUGUAUAUGGAAUGUUAGUUCAUAAUUGUUUUGUAGAAGAUGGACAGGGUGACAGAGUACAAGUUAUUGAUGAAAGAGGUUGUCAUAAAGAUCCGAAUGUUCUUGGUGAUCCAACAUAUACAAAAGAAUUAAAUAUGGCAUAUAGAGAAUCUUAUGUUUUUAAAUUUCGCGAUAGAAUAGGCGUUAGAUUUUCUUGUGAAAUCAAGCUUUGUGUAAAAGCAGAAAAUGGUUGUGAUGGAAUAACUCCGCCCGAUUGUCAAAACGGUAGGGAAGAGAAUAGCAAUAAUAUACACUUUCAAAAUUCAUUGGAUGACUCUUUUAAAGAAAAUGUUAAAAAUAUAACAAAUAAUUAUAACAAUCAAAGCUUAAUUACCCCAAGAAAUAGGAUAAGAAAACACCGUUCAGUAAACACUAAAGUAGUAGAUGCCGAUUUAUUUUCUCAAUAUGUUUUUGUUUUGGAUGAACCUGUUGAUGGGGAAGAUGAAAAGGAAGAAAAUAAUUAUUUAAAUAAUAUUAAAUUACAAAAUUAUGAUUCAAAAUCCUCAUUAUGUAUUAGCACAACAUUAUUUACCGCUAUACUAUUAAUUAUUUUAUUUAUUUUUGGAAUUGCAUCAGCAAUUAUUUUUCAUUCAAUUUACAGGCAACACAAAAAAUAUCCAACAACCACCUCCUUCCCAUUUUCUACUUCCUCCUCUUCUGGUCUGGCCUAUUCAAUUGAAAAAACAUUAUCGUCAAGCUUUAUUUUACCAAAAACAAAAAAUAAUGAAGAAUUUUAUACGAAAAAAGACAAGAAAUGGAAUGAAAUAAUUAAAUAA